AUGUCAGAACAAGGCAAGGCCUCAGAUGUUCACAUCCAGGCAGCCAGCUGCCUGAGUGGCCCUUGUGUCAAUCCAGCUCUGGCUCUGGCCAGGAAGCUAGGACAUCAGGCUGUGGCGGAACGGCUCACCACAGUGUCCCCCUCUACUCUGCAGGAGAUCAUCACCUCUAUCCUGCUAAGUGGGCAGAUUGGGCCCAACAUCCAGCUGGCUGAGUGCUACGGACUGAGGCUAAAGCACAUGAAGUCAGAUGAGAUCCACUGGCUACACCCCCAGAUGAAGGUGGGUGAGGUGCAGGACAAGUAUGAAUGUCUACAUGUGGAGGCCAAGUGGAGUUCUUCUCCAGUUACCAACUCUCCCCUCCGUGACUCCUUUCUCUCCAGGCAGUUCUUCAAGGACAUGCCCCACAAUGCCCUUGACAAAAAGUCCAACUUCGAGCUCCUGGAAAAAGAAGUGGGACUCGACCUGUUUUUCCCAAAGCAGAUGCAGGAGAAUUUAAAGCCCAAGCAGUUCUGGAAGAUGAUUCAGCAGACCUUCCAUCAGUACGCCUCACUCCGGGAGGAGGAGUGUGUCAUGAAGUUCUUCAACACCCUGGUGGGCUUUGCAAACAUUGAUCAGUAGACCUAUCACUGUGAAUUUGUUCAAGUGUGGAACAUUAUGGUGGACCUGAUCAUUGGCCCCAAAGGCAUCCACCAGCUGACAAGUCAAGAUACAAAGCCCACCUGCCUGGCUGAGUUCAAGCAGAUCAGGUCCAUCAGGUGUCUCCCGCUGGAGGAGGGCCAGGGGGUCCUGCAGCAUGGUUGGGAUGGGGGUCCUGCAUCUUUGUUCAUCAAAACCUUGUCACUGGCAGAGGCUGAGAACAUGGCUGACCUCAUAGAUGGUUAUUGCCAGCUUCAGGGGGAACAUAAAGGCUCUCUCAUCAUCCAUCCCAAGAAAAAUGGUGAGAAGCGGAACAGCCUGCCCCAGAUCCCCACCCUAAACCUGGAAGCGAAGCGGACCCACCUCUCAGAAAGCUGCAGCAUAGAGUCAGACAUCUAUGCAGAGAUUCCCAACGAUACCUUGAGUUGGCCGGGAGGUCCACAGUACGGCAUUGCCUGUGAGGAUGUGGUUCUCAAUCGUAUUCUAGGAGAAGGCUUCUUUGGGGAGGUCUAUGAAGGGGUCCGCACAAAUCAUAAAGAGGAGAAAAUAAAUGUGGCUGUCAAGACCUGCAAGAAGGACUGCACCCUGGACAAUAAGGAGAAGUUCAUGAGCCAGGCAGUGAUCAUGAAGAAUCUCGACCACCCCCACAUCUUGAAGCUGAUCAGCAUCAUCGAAGAGGAGCCCACCUGGAUCAUAAUGGAACUGUACUCCUUCGGGGAGCUAGGCCAGUAUCUAGAGCAAAAUAAGAAGUCCCUGAAGGUGCCCACCCUCGUCCUGUACACGCUGCAGAUAUGCAAAGCCAUGGCCUACCUGGAGAGCAUCAGCUGUGUGCACAGGGAUAUCACCGUCAGGAACAUCCUGGUGGCCUCCCCAGAGUGUGUGAAGCUGGGGGACUUUGGACUUUCUUGAUACAUUGAGGAUGACGAGUAUUACAAGGCCUCUGUGACUCGUCUCCCCAUCAAAUGGAUGUCCCCCGAAUCCAUUAGCUUCCACGGCUUCACGACAGCCAGUGACAUCUGGAUGUUUGCCGUGUGCAUGUGGGAGAUCCUGAGCUUUGGGAAGCAGACUUUCUUAUGGCUGGAAAACAAGGAUGCCAUCGGGGUGCUGGAGAAAGGGGAACAGCUGCCCAAGCCUGUUCUCUGUCCACCUGUCCUUUACACCCUCAUGACUCGCUGCUGGGACUAUGACCCCAAUGACCGGCACCACUUCACAGAGCUUGUGUGCAGCCUCAGCCCCUUGUGGGCCACAGCUACUACUCCUCCCCAGACACUUGUUGCUGCCAUGCCCAGCCAGCUAUCCUCGGGCCCAGGGCCAGCACAAUACCUGAGAGGACGGCCCAUCUUGGUUGACUGCCAUCCAGGCCUUAACUCCUCUGCAGCGCCCUCAUACCUGGGUGUUGGGAUGGGCCUUCCUGUGACAGAGUCAGACACCUUCUCCUACCUCCCACUUAAGUUGGAAACAGUGAGUGACACAGGAUAUUCUAAUAAGACACACUCAUGCAACACCUCAGAACAAAGACAAGCUUCCAAAAAACUUUCUGGGUCAGCCGUGAGCUGCAGUGAUGAUGCCAUUUGGUGA